UCUCAGAUCUGAAGUUUUGGCGCGAGAUGAGCGGGUUUCGCGGGGAGUGGAGCGUGCUUCCAAGGCACUGAGCUUUAAGAUUUUUGGCGCUGCUGCUGAAGAGAGGUAGCUCAGGGGUGGCCAGGUGGCCUUUUCAGUAAAGCCGUUCAAUAUUCAACUUCCAAAUAACCAUAAUUACAGAAAUAUCCCUCAAAGACAAUAACUAAAACAACGUGACAAGUAAAGUUGGGGAAGGAAGUUGCGAGGGUUUUAUUUCAUGGAGUCGAUCAGCGAGAACUUCACGAUGACGCACAAAUACCACCGCAGCUGCAAAGCGCAGCACUAUGCCAGCAGGACAGUCUCCACCAGGAGCCAGUGCAGGACCAUGCAGGGAUUCUUUGAAAGGCUCCCUGCCGAGGUGCUCGACAUGGUACUGGAGUGCCUCUCUGUUAUGGACAUCAGUGUGUUCAGCAUGGUGUCCAAGGCCAUCAACAGCUACAUCACGGGCUACGUGUCUACACAGGCCUGGAGGAACAGGAUGAUCAUGCUCAAGUUCCACCACUCUGCCUCACCCACACAGGAGGACUGCAUUAUGGACCACUACAGGUCCCUCGGAGUGUUGUUCAAGAGAUGCACCCUCUUGCUGCCAACAAAGGACAGGUUAAAGUUUAUUUAUAGCAAGUUUUCACAGGUCCCCUGUUUCACAAUGGAGCGUUGUACGUCAUCUCCUGGCUGUCUGGGCUUUGCCAGCUAUGGAGUGUUUCUGCAGACAUUGAUAGCCGGUUGGGAUGAGUUGGAAUGCCAUCGUGUUUUCAACUUCCUGUGCGAGUUCACCAAUCUUCCCCGCAAGAUCGAGACCAUUGUCAAUGGAAAGCCUGGAGCGUGCCACAAGCUGGAGCUGCAGAUCCGGCUGUUUUGCAGGAACGUGCUGCUGGACCCCUGGCAGAACCGGCGGGACACUCUGUUCUGGCUGACCCGCAUCCUCAAGCUCUGGCCCAUGGUCAGCCAGGCCCGGCUGCUCUUCGUCCUCUACGGCCCCCUCCUCCCAGACGGUAAGAUUGGCUGGCACGAGAUGCUGGAUGGUGUGGUGGCGCAGUGCGGGCUCUGGGACCUGGCCAAGGCUGUGAUUCUGCUCUACACCGACGCUGAGGCCAAGGACUGGUCAGCUGACACCCUGCUCGGAAUCAUAGAGGAGAUGACUGUGGUGCCUGAGGCCUGGCACAUGGAGAACAUGGCUCGCCUGCUGGUGCUGUGCGGGAACAGCAUCUGCUACAGCGUGCUGGCCAGCAGGGCCGUCAACCGACGCUUCCUGGAGAUCUCGCGCCUCAUCGUCUUCCUCAUUCUGGUGUGUGAGAAGGACGGCUUCUGCAUGUCCUGGCCGGUGAAGAUGAUGCAGCAGAUCUGCAAGGUCUUCCCCACGUCCGAAGACAAGUGGUCCUUCGUCAAGGGCGUGGAGAGCAUGCUCUCGGAGGUCGCCAUGGAGAUGUAUGAGGUCAUCAUGGCAGGUGAGCGAAAUGAGGAGCUGGACACAUUCCAGAGCCUCUGCAACCUGCUGAACGCCAGCUCCCACUUCCACACAGAGAUGGUCUACAUGUUCCUCAAGAAGGACUGACCCUCAGGACAAGCAGAACCUCAGGGCCAAGGGGAACCAUGUACGUUUUUUAUUUAAAUGCAGACAUUGCCAUCUCAUUACAUUUUAAGGUUUACAUUUUAAGAUAGCAAUGAAUCCCCACCCCGGUCAUGAACUCAAUAGCAGACAAUCACUGAGAACUUGUAAUUGGUAGUUUCCCCAAUUAUUUCUGUCAAUCUCCUCCCCUUAAAGUAGUAUAUUUAUAAAUGUGUUUUUCCUAUUUAUUUACUAUUUAUUUAUGUAUAUUAUAUAAUUUAUUAACUUAAUGUGGAACUGUAUGUUGUGCAAGGGUUUUUUUUGGUAUAAUAGUUUUACAUUCAUGCAUUGAUUGCACAGUCCAUUCUCAAUACUGUUUUAAAGAUGUAAGCUGCAGUUAAUUGGUUUAUUCUUUUGGUGCAGUUUUGCAGAACUUGAUGAGAUAAAUGGUGCUUUCAGUCCACUAAAGAUGAAUUGAUUUUAUUCUUUAAAGUUGCAUUACAGUACUUCUAAUCCGCUCUGGGAUGCCGUUUUAAUAUGAAAUAAUCAGUUCUUUUAAAGCGAGGCUUCACUUAAGUACCUCAGAAUCCCUUUUCGCUGAACAACAGCUGUCAUCUACACCAGUUAAAAAGCUCUUCACAGCACAAAGGUGAUCUACAGAAGGCACCUGGCAGGGACAUCUGACCUUUCAGCUCAUCUCAGCUACAGCUUGCCCAGCCGUGCCCUGAACUGCACUACCAAUCCUAAUUCUAAUUGAGGAGCCUGUCACAGAUCUCAUGUCAUUUUGUGUUCUUUAAGCCCUUCUCCAGACCCUGUUCUUUAAUCAACAUAUUUUACAUCCAUGCUUAUCCCAACAGUUUAGGGUGGGCUGAAUUUCUGAUUACUACUACAGGGUGAGAUGACGGUGCAAACCCUCCAGAGGGAGCCAACUGUUGAACCGGACAGCUAAAUGUGACUAUUGAACGAGCAGAGCUGUUUGUAAGGAAAUCCGACACAUCCAUAUCAAGACCAUAAUUCUUUACUUAAUCAUCUACAAAUAUGACCGGAAUUACAAGGUGGUGACAUUCAUUUCAUCACAAGUUGGAUUUCAUUACUCUGAGCAGCUCACAGUUUGUUUAGGCAACACCAUGGUGCCUUGUAAAACAAACAUCUCCUGGAUGUUUGUCUGUGAUUAUUAAAAAACUGAUGGAAAUAGGCAGAUUUGCUGUGGUCUUGCCCCCUUGUAGGUCCAGGUGUGAUCUGGGUCAGAACAUGGUUGGAAGAUGCAGGAGCAAGCUAAUCCUCUCAGAGCUAGAAAUGACUGAUGAAAAUAGAUAUCCAGGACAGAUGCAUUUAAAAUAUUGAUUAACAGGCCAGUGCAAUUUGUACAAGCCAAAAAUGUUACUAUUAAUGGGGGGGGGGGGGUGGCCAAUAACUCU